GCCCCGGGCCCUGCGUCGCGCGCGCGCAGCCCGCUGGACAGCGCCACGUCCGCCAAGUGCCGCCAGCUCAAGGACUACCAGCGCGGCCUGGUGCUCUCCACCGUCUUCAACUCGCUCGAGUGCCUACUGGGCCUGCUCAGCCUCCUGCUCGUCAAGAACUACAAGUCUUCGCAGGCCCGGCGCGGCCGGCGCGGCCGGCGGGGAAAGCGGGCGCGGAGGCUGCAGCCGCGGCCCAGCGAGGCCUCCAUCCUGUCUGCGGAGGAGUCGGACCUUGCCGGCCCCGGGGACUGCGCGGGCUUCGCGGCGCACCACGCUGUGUCCUUCAUCAACGUGGGCGUCUUCCACGCUCGCGACGAGGUGGGCGUGGAGGUGUGCUGCGGCGGGCACCCGUCGGUGGAGCUGCCGGGCUACGCGCCCUCGGACCCCGACCUCAACGCCUCUUACCCGUACUGCUGCCGGCCUCCCAUCGAGGCCGCGCGCCCCUGGGAGUCGGGCCGGGCCUGCUAAGCGCUGCGCGCCGCCAGGGGCCCGCGCCGCCGUUUCUCCUCUGUGUGGUUGGUAUCCGGAUUCCAUUCAAAGUUUACAACCCAUGUUCUGGGUCGGCUCUCCGACUGCUUUUCACCUUGGCGGAGUCCUUGGUUCCCUGGGGCAGUGCUCGAAGGUGCCCGGUAAAAACAGAGGUAAAAACAGAGCGGCCAGCGAGGGUGACUUCCAGCGUGGGUGACUUCCUGCGAGGACCUAGGCUGGGAGGACAGGGAUGAAAGCAGCCGAUAUAUGGGGCUGGAGGAAGUGAAAAUCCACCCAACAGAACACUCUGUACACGGAUGUGCCUGCUUCUGUCGACCCUUUCUUACUGUAAACCUCUCCAUAAACAGUGAACAUGUUUGGUAAAUUUAUUGCAAUUUGAAGGUGGUGAGUUCCUUUAUUAAAUUAAGUGCUGUAUUACUGGAGAAUGUCCACCAGCUCCGAGCGAGAGAUGUCUACAGGCAAAUCAGCAUGGGGUGGCUGGACGGGGCCUGCAGUACUGCGUGUGAGGGUUCUGUUCUGUGGCUGGCCGCAGGUCCAGCCCAUCUCUGAGCUAACUUGCUGUGUGUGCAGACACAGAUGCCAGGCCCCUGCAUUUCUGUUUUUGGAAACUGGUUGUGCGGUUUCUACUGCAAAGCAGUAGAAUUUAUUUUUGGUUAAUACACAUGAACAAUCUAAUCCUAUUUUGGAAAAUCACAGUCAUAGUUUUUCUGCAAAGACAAUUUUCCUGUUAACUCAUUACUCUGGUAAUUUUGAAUAUUAUAUAGCAUUUCAUUUAAAAUAUACCCCUUAAAUAGCCUUAAUGAAUGUGAAGGUCGUACUUUUAAACGACUAGGAUGUGUAUGUGUGUGUGCAUGUGUGUGCGUGUGCACAUUUACACACAAUAUGAAAAGAGUUGUACAUGA